AAGUGGUAGAGAAGGGCUGGGGAGCCUAGACAAGCAGUUCUCCAGCAACUUCCUGCGUGGAAGGAAGGAGGCAGAAAAACUUGCUGAGAUGGGAACUGUACAGGAGGCAGGAGGCAGGACUGCGGCUCCCAGGGAGAAGGCAGAAGUUGCAGGCCUUGGAGCAGCCCUGAGACUGGGGCAGCUGGAGCUGAAGGAAGAAUGGCAGGAUGAAGACUUCCCUGGAUUGCUUCCUGAAGAGACUGGCCCUUCUGGAGGUCCUGAGGAGCCUAACAGAGACUCACCAGCAGCCACCUGCACGCCCAGCACCCUGGCCCUGUGUGGCAACCGGCCCAUGCGGAAACGGCUGUCUGCGCCAGAGCUGCAGGAGCCAGCAGAGAAGGCGGCAGAGGCCUCUCACUCGGCCCAGUCCUCCGACUGCAGCUCUGAUCUGGAGGUGGACGAGAUGGAGACACCCUCAGACUCGGAGCAGCUGGACAGUGGACAUGAGUUUGAGUGGGAAGAUGACCUGCCCCGUGCAGAGGGCCUGGGGGCCAGUGAAGCAGCAGAAAGGUUAGGCCGGGGUUGUAUGUGGGAUGUGGCUGGAGAGGAUGGUCGUCGAUGGAGGGUGUUCCGGACAGGACAGCGGGAGCAGCGAGUGGACAUGACUGUCAUUGAGCCCUAUAAGAGAGUCCUGUCUCAUGGAGGUUACCAUGGUGAUGGCCUCAAUGCUGUCAUCCUCUUUGUUUCCUGCUAUUUGCCCAGAAGCAGCAUUCCCAACUAUACCUAUGUCAUGGAGCACUUGUUUAGGUACAUGGUAGGAACCCUGGAGAUGUUGGUAGCUGAGAACUAUCUGCUCGUUCACCUAAGUGGAGCCACGAGUAGGGCACAAGUCCCACCUCUCAGCUGGAUACGCCAAUGCUACCGCACCCUGGAUCGGAGGCUCAGGAAGAACCUUCGUGCACUGGUGGUGGUCCAUGCUACGUGGUAUGUGAAGGCAUUCCUGGCACUUCUCCGGCCCUUUAUCAGUUCCAAGUUCACACGAAAGGUCCGUUUCCUGAACAAUCUGGGAGAGUUGGCCCAACUUAUUUCUUUGGAUCAAGUUCAUAUCCCUGAAGCUGUCAUCCAGAUGGACCAGGAUCUCCAUGGCUCAAGAGGAACCUAGCAUGAGACUGGAAUGAGUGGCCUCAGCACCAAGCAAAGCUAUUGAUCUGCCUACACCCUAGCCCUUGAAAUAUCAGCACUGCCUUGUACAUCAGCUCAUCAAAAUUGUGGCCCUGGAGUUGGCCCAGUGGACAAUUCCUUGAACUUUCAAGCAUGAGGUCCUAAGUCUGAUCCUUGACAUUGCAUGUGCCAGAGUUAUGCUCUGGUUCUCCUCCCUCCCCACCCCCUUAAUAAAUGACUCUUUAAUUAGG